AUGAAAUACCCGCAAGACAGCAAUAGCGAAAACAAAAUAACCAGUUCUGGAACUACUGCAACUGAUACUGAAAUUAACAUUUUAAAAAAAAACGAAAUUAAAGGAGAAGAAAAAUCACAAAAAGCAAAUGUAUCCUCUACUUGUGAGGUCAGUGCCACCACUUCUUAUUACGAUCAUUUAAUCACUUCUAAUAAUGAUAGUGUAAACACUUUUUACCAUGAAAGCGCUACCAGUUCUUAUAAUGUUAAUGCAACAUCUGCUUCAUAUGACAGUGAACCAAUAUCGUAUCAUGACAGUGCAAGAACUGUUUCAGAUGAUAGUGCAAUAAAUGCUUCAGAUGACAGCGUAAAUAUUUCUUAUUAUAACAUGCCAACAGCUGCUUCAGAUUACAGUGCACUCCCUCCUUAUUAUGACAGCACACCUACUUCUUAUCAUGAAGGUGUGACCAAUUCUUUUUAUGGGAGUACACCAACUCCUUUUUAUUUCAGUGCACCCAUUUUUUAUCAUGAUGUUGAAAGCACUUCUCAUUAUGAUAGUGCUGCUACUUCAUAUUAUGAAAGUGUAAACACUUUUUAUCAUGAGGGGACUACAAAUUCUUCAGACGACAGCAUAAUCACUCAUUAUCGUGACAAUGCAACAGCUGCUGUAGAUGAAACUGAAAUCACUUCUUAUAACAGCAGUGCCACGACUUCUGAUCGUAGUAGUACAACUUCUUAUUAUGAAAGUGUAAAUACUUUUUAUCAAGAAGAUGUAACAAAUGCUUCAGAUGACAAUGCAACCUCAUCUUAUUUUGAUAAUGCAAUGACUGCUUCAGAAGAUAGUGCACCCGCAACUACUGGUGACAAUCCUACCACCUCUUAUACUAACUUGAUGUCGGCAUCUCAGCGAGAACAUGAAAACCAGAUUGUUGAUGAGGUGCUAUAUGCUUUGAAGGGAAAAAGGAAAGAAAAUUCUUUUUUUAUUUAA